AUUUUAUGUUAGAAUUUUUUUUAGUCAUUUUACAUUAUCUCUUAUAUUAGUAAGUAAUUCUCUUAUUUUUUUAGCUAAACACAAAACUAUUUUUUUAAUACUUCUUGAAAAGAAGCUGCUUAAUUCUUCAAAAGGUACAACAAUAUCAACUACUAACCAUACAAAUUGAAACAAUAGCGUCAUUAAAGAAGUUUAAACAUAAUUAAUCUAUUCGACGACCUUUCUACCUUAUGAAAGUUCAUCGUCCAUAUGCUAUUGUAAAUAACAAACCUAUGAAAAGAAUGAUUAAGAAUGAAAUAAGAUUAUUUUCACUUCUGGUUUAACAUUAAAAAAAUUUAUUUUUCUGAUACGCGAAACGAUAGGGAGCGGGCUUUUGCUACUAUCAUGUAAGCAUGAGAAAUGCUUGUUCAGUUUAUUGUGGCUCACGUUUCUGUUUCUCCCCCGUAAGGCCGUAGCUCCUCUUCUCUCCUCUUAAAUGGAUAGUAUGGGUAUUAACAAGUAACAUGUGGGUAAUUAUAAAAAAUUUUGUUCCCAAAUUCAAUCGCGUAAAAUAAAUUAUGGAUAUUUGGAUACCUAAAUAACUCUAAUAAAAAGUAGAUGGGUAUGGUAUACCUUAAAAAUUCCGAAAAUUCAAAUAAUCUCAUUAUUUAUAAUUUUGAUCCAAACAAUUUUGAAAAAAUUAAAUAAAAACAAAUAAAUAAUUUGCUUCAGGCUCAUUCGCGUUCAUCGUUUCGCGAAACCCCCUCCCAUCAUUGUCGUGGGUAGGUUGGAUAGGAAGAUUUCAGUGCAGAAGCCAUCUCUGAGACUCUGACCUACUUUUUCGAAUAGCUUCGUGUUCUCAGAUAUGGUGGCUCUCGACCGCCUCAAAUACGUCAUCGGCGGAUGUUUCAGGCUCUUCAGCAUCGAUGGGCUCGCCGCUGGGCUCGUGGUUGAGCAGCAGCUCUCUGUUCGAUUCAACGCUAUCGAUUAAUGGUGGAUCUAGUCCCGACGAUACUUCGCGAGGAGGAAGACUCCUUCUCCAGAUUCCAUACAAACUCCUGCCAUCUUUGCCUCCCCUACUGCCACCUUCAUACACAACACUCUGGUUCAGAGCAAAGCUGAAACCCCUGUCAUUUCUUCCCAAUCACCCGUUGAAAGAGAAAUUUUACAAUGCUAUAUAGUAUUAGUGCUAUAGGAAUUUGCUUUUAUGGUACAACAUAAAAUUGUAUGUUUAUGUUAUGGUAUAAUUUCAUAUUGUACCUAUACUUUUUGUACAAAAUUUUUUAUGGUACAACUUGUACCAUAACAUAAUGGUACAAAUUGUUUUAUGGUACAACCUAAACUUAUACAUUUAAUGUUAUGGUACAACUUUAAGUUGUACAUUAAAGCACCAAUACUAUAUAGCAUAGUAGAAGUGCUCCCCAUUGAAAUUGUCCUCCUGGUAAGUUAAAACCCCUCUUCUUCCCGAGUUUUACACAAAAAUGGUUGCUUGGGCAAUCUUUAUCUGGCUUGCUUUCCUUUACUCUCAUACCCUUCUUCUAACCUCCUCAAUUUCGGAGUAUCUUCUUUUACCUCACUCUCUCAUUCAUGAACCACUGUCUACAACUAUUAUUCUCUAUGUUUCCCACUGCAGUUAUUGUCCACUAGCUUUUCAACUAUUGUUCACUGUUUUCUCGGUAAUAGCUAUUAUCCACUGAAUUUUUAUUAUAUAAGAUGUGAAUUACUAUUCAUUAGUGACUCUCAAACCCUUUCAAGUGUAAUCAUCUUUCACGAGCACUACCAAAUUUUUGGCAUUAUUAAAUAUGUCUUUGCGGUAAUCACCAUUGUCAUCUCAAACAACAAUGAGAUGCUAGCAAUGAAUUGUUAUUGUCCUCUAUUAGCCACUUAUGGUAAUCACAUAGUCUUUUUUUUUACUUAAUAUUAUGUUCACACUCACACGCGAAGCGUCAGCGAGUAGGCCACUAAUAGUUGUUAAUGAUGGAGAUGGAAACUUGUUCAUUCCAUUUAUGAUUGAAUUAGAACAGAUGGUUGGAAGCAAUGCAGUUAAAAGCGCGAUUCUACCUAGAAACGGAAAAUGGGUAAAAUCGUAAAACGUAGAAUCAAAGCGUAAAAGCAUAGUAUGUUUUUUACGCACCCUCUAAAAUAGCUAAAAUAUGUUAAGUACAACAUAUAGUAUGUAAAAUGUGAGUCUGUAGAUUUUAGAUAAGUGAAUAACUACAUGAAUUUCAAAAUUAAAAUGUAAUAUCUAACACAUAAACUAAUUUGUGUUGACUCAAAAGUAGAGAAAACUCAUAACAUCUUAAUAAUAAGCUCAUAAACGUAAAUCGUAACCCGUAAACGAGCUUGAGAAUCUAAAUUCUCAUAAGCUGGUUUGAGUUUACAUAAUUACAUACGAUCAAUUACCUAUAAAAUUUUAUCGUAACCUAGGUAAGAGCCACAUGUCAAGAUUAAGGGAGAAGACUGAUAGAAGGUCAGCGACUGUUGAGAAAACCAUUAGGUGUCUUUUCAACCUAGUGUGAAGCCCCUAUCUCGACACAAGUUGUAGAACGAGUGAUGAAUCAUGUUUUCCUUUUUUUUAUUUUUUGCUGAUAUGUCUCCAAAAUUACAUCAUUUUGGGCCAAUUAGUGCAUUUUUAUGAGAUUAUCAAAAUCGUAUAAAAAUGCUUCAGAAUCGCGAUUUUAAGCGAUUUUACCGAUUUUAACCAUGUUUUUACCAAUUUUUGUGACUAAGCGACUUUAGAUAAAAACUGAAACGUUUUGGUGGCCUGGAUACGUAAAAACGUAAGUUUUUACGUUUUAAUGCACGAUUUUGACUGCAAUAGUUGGAAGCAUUCCAAAUCCUUCGAUUCCCAUCAACAAUUAUGAUGAUGACGACGUUAUCAAAAUCAUUAACAUCGAAUCUUAUCCUGAGUUCAUAUAUCUAUCUACUCCUUAAAUGGAGGUCGUCGAUGAAGAAUGGUUAGAUUUCUUUGGUGAUAGCAGGGAUUGGGUAUAUAACGAUGUUGGCGGAGAGCAUCAAACCAACUAUUUGACUCUAUAGGACAUGUCUAUCGAUGAUUAGUACUUCACUAUGGGUGAGUGCUAGGAUGUAAUGAAAAAAGAGGAAGUUGAGAAAUCGGAGCACGAAAAGGAAUACUCCGAGGUAGAGACCGAUGAAUGUCCCUCUAACCUUGACUAUAUGUAUAUAAUAUUCUCCUUUUAAGGAUUAGAGAUAUAUGUAUGUGUGUAUAUAUACAUAUGGUAAUAGUAUAUGUAUAUACCUAUGUACAUUAUGUAUUUGCAUAAUGAAUAUAUAAAACGGUUAUUAUUUUUCAAGUGGAAUUGUGAUUUGUUUGAAUUUUCUAGACUAGUGUUUUAUGUAUGGAUAAUUUGUAUGACGAAAUUGACAUUUGGAUUUUAUUUUGAUAGAAACUUGGUAUUGUAAAUGUUUUACCACAAAAACCCAUAGGUACCCAUGAACCCGUGGAUACCCAGCGGGUUGGGUUGGAUUUGAGUUUUCCAAACCUGAUGGGUUUUAUCCCUGUGGUUUUUUUACGGAUAAACCCAUGGGUUUGAGUUUGGCAAAACCCGAAUCAACCCGACCCAUUGCCAUCCCUACGUGAGACUUGUGGGGACUUGUGGGAAAGGUCUAUCUAAGUAAAAAAUUUGCAAAUAUAAUGCGAAGGUUGUGUUCAGAGUAAGCUGAAUAUAGUGCAAAACUGGAUACCUUCAAUGUGUUGGAGAUAGAACUUGGUUAAUGUAAAUCUAAAAGAUUGAAUUACAAGGAAGCCAUAUAGGCAUAUACCAUUGAAAAAAAUUUCGCAUGGGAGCUCAUUAAAAUGGGUUAUUGAACUUAGUCUGAAUUACUUAUGGUAUAUGUGUACAUUUAUACCAUGAAUUACUUAUGGUAAGUCGAGUUAUCUUCAAAAAAAUGUCAUUGGUAGGUAAUUAAAUGAAAUUUCAAGUAUAUUAUGGAAAUGCAUAUGAAUUACUUGUAGCAUCUCAAGCUACCUUGAAUAAAACCACUUGUAAGUAAUUAGAUGAAUUGGUUUUUGUAUGCUAAUUGGAUUAGAUGCAUAUGAAUUACUUGUGGCAUCUCAUGCACUGGUAAACAAUUAAUUGGAGUAGUGGUUGUCAAGUUCGAUAAGUAAAACCAUGAAAAAUAAAUGAAAUUAUUUCAUGAUGUUUGGCAAAUGAUAAAAUUGUGGGGAGAAGAGCUGUUAGUUUCAACAACUAUCUCAAAAACCUACAAAGUAGAGGUGGAAAACAAUAAGGCCCAGUUAAACUGGACCGGAUUAACCCGUUUUUUAUAUACCACAACCUAAGACAAAUUAGAUGACAGUUGGUUUUAACGAAGACUGGAUUGGAUCUGGUCCGAUCCAAUCCAAUUUAACCCAACAAUCACAAUUAAAAAAAUUAAACGAAAAUGACAUCGUGUAGUCAUUUAGCUGUACAAGAAAUCACAAAAUCGUCCACCUACCGGCUACAGGAGGGGCUAGUGUGCUAAUUUUUCUAGUAGCAUGGUCCUAACACUAGCUCCAACCAAUAGAAAGAUUUCGUUUGGAUGACUUUUUCAUUUAAAUGAGUUGACCACAAUUAAUGAAGUGGAAGAGGCGGAAAGGUACCCUGCUUAUUAAUAAAAAUUAGGGGAAGGGGGAGUCACUUGUGUCUUGUGCAAUUAAAUAGGAAAGGGAAAAUCCACCCCACAAACCACAAAUCUAGGUCACAAACCACAAAUCCACACCACAAAAUCCAGACAAAUUUCUUAAAGUAGCCAAGAAGUUUCUUAAACAGUGGACCUAUUUGUAAAAUUUUAAAAAUUCUGGUAUCAAAAUGUAAAAGAAAAAACUUUAGGUACUAAAACAUAUUUUUCCAUCAAUAUUUUUAGGACUUAUAUGUAAAAAAUUAAUUUUAGACACUAAAUAAUUAUGUAUUAAGUUUGGGUACCAAAACUAUAAUUUGUAUAUACAACCCUAUUACCAACGUAGAAAAAGGGGGGAACGGUAAGGGGAAUGAUAAUUACCAUAGCACACUUAAUAAGAGUGUUAGCAUGGUGCUAACAUUUAAGGGUGUUAGCACCCUAUCUUUCUCAAAUCCCCGGGCUACUACCACCACACAAUUAUUAUCUAAUUCUCAAAUCCCAAUUCCUCACGAUUCGACGAUGGCGAUCAAGCUCUUCUCAUGUGGAGCCGAUCAAACAAGGCGACAAGCGACGGCCUAUCGGCCUCUCCUUCACUUAUCUCUUUAUUUUCUUCCAUUUACAACUUUCGGCUAAGGUAAGGGACUGGAGUAAAAAGGCGAAAUGGUCGGUGGUAGCCUAGUGAUUGUGGUGAGGCAAGAAUCAUAAGGCGGAGUAGCAGAGAUUGUGGCAGACAUCUAGCGAGGGUAGGAAGAUGGAGAGAGAUCGAUUGGGAGUGGGGGCAUGCAACCUUAGAGAUCUCCUAGAUGUGCUUCAUCGAUGUCGUCGUUGCCUCAUCAUGGUGGGCUUCAUCAUCACUGUCAGUAUCACUCAAAGCGCAGCUGCUCAGUUGAGAGUGAGGUUUAUUUAUAAAUUAGUGUUGUGUUCGAGACGGGUCGCCAGUGAUUAUUUUGGACUUUGAGUCUGCUGGGCUGGGCUGGGCUGUUAUGUAGAUUUGGGCUAUUGGAAUUUGGACUUUAAGUUAGGAGUUGGCAGUUGGCUAUUUGUGAUAUCUGGCUUUUCAAUUUUUUGGAUUUAACCUUAUUGGACUUGGUCAGUCUUUGUGUGAUUGUGUCCACUACUACCGCGACAGUAAACCAAAUUUUAUUGUGAUAGUACGAUCUUCAAUUGCAACCUAACUCGUUUAUACGGUUUGGUUUCCGGUUUAAUUGAAAAAUCGAAACUGUAUUACAAGCCCUACUACAAAGAACGCAAAGCUAUCCAUAAGACAAAAGUAGAAAGAUCAAAACAAGUCAUACUUGAGAGUAUGAAUGUGUCUAGUGAGAAAGUGCAGAGAGCUAGUCUAAGAAAUCCAAUGGUAUAAUUUAUGUGUAAAAUCUAGCAUAUACUGACAUUUACGUCAAAGAGCUAGUCUAAGAAAUCCAAAGAAUUUUAUUGAGAAAUGUUAAUACACUAUUCCUAAAAUAAAAUAUGUCAACCAUAAAAAUAAAUGUAUUGUAAAUUAAAUAAUUCAUCUAAUUUAUGGACUAAACGUUAUUUAGUUUGUGAAUUUAGGGGUCUUUUGAAAGUUACGAAUGUUAAAUCGUUGCAUUGUAAUUAAUUACAAUAAUAUAAAUGCAUGUGUUGAUACAAUGGAUACAUUUUAACAAUACAUUGUUUGAUUGUUGAGAUUAUACUUAAUGCAUUGAUUUGCAUAAAGUUACUUUUAUGGG